AUGGCGAGUUUUCAGGGGCUGGGCUGGUGCUGCCCCACCGACCAUGUUUCUCACCCGUCCUGUUCCUCCGUGCCCAAAUGUCAAGCCAGCUGCCUCCUGGUCAUCCAACACCUGCUUCUUUCUGGAGCCUUCAUGAUGGCCCAGGUCACAGUGAAGCCCCUCCUGCCUGUUCACAAGGAAAAGUUUGUUUUACGGACCCUGGUAGCGUCUUCCUGCUUGAAAGUGACCAAGGCACUUACAGCUUUCCCGGGCUUGCUGGGCUCCAGCGCGUCCUCCCGGGCUUCUCCCCUCAUCAGUGCGCGGAAUCUCUCAUUUGCUGAUUUCCAAACCAAGCCCGAUGAGGCCAGAAGCCAAGCCGGCGGGAAACAGGAAGCCGGCCGCCUGAUCACAGAAGGAUUUGAGAGAAGAAAGAAGACAUGCCUGUGGUUUGUGGGGUCUCUGCUGGUGGUGUCCACCUUCAUCCUGACCAUCGGCCUCGCCGCCACCACCAGGACGGAGAAUGUGACCGUGGGGGGCUACUACCCUGGGAUCAUCCUGGGCUUCGGAGCUUUCUUGGGAAUCAUUGGCAUCAACCUGGUGGAGAACAGAAGGCAGAUGCUGGUGGCAGCCAUCGUGUUCAUCAGCUUCGGGGUGGUGGCCACCUUCUGCUGCGCCAUCGUGGACGGCGUGUUUGCUGCUCAGCACAUCGAACCCAGGCCCCUCGUGGCGGGAAGGUGUCAGUUUUACUCCAGCGGAGUCGGAUACCUGCACGACGUCUACCAGACGGAGGUCACCUGUCACUCCCUGAACGGAAGGUGUCAGCUGAAGGUUAGAAGCAACACCUGCUACUGCUGUGACCUCUACAGCUGUGAGAGCACUGAGCACCCUCCCGUCUACUACGAGUUCGUGGGCGUGAGCAGCUGCCGGGACGUGCUCCACCUGCACCGGCUGCUCUGGGCCUCGUUGGCACUCAACGUCCUGGGCCUGUUCCUGGGCAUCGUCACUGCGGCCGUCCUGGGGGCCUUCAAGGACGUGGUCCCUCUGUCCCAGCGGGCCUAUGGCCCGCCUGCACCGCCCCAGAUGCUGUACAACCCCGCCCAGCAGGUCCUGGCCUACUCCGGCUUCUGCCCUGCGCCCGCAGCCCUCCCCACCUGCUCAUCCUUCCCGCUGCCUCUCCAGCCCUCCAGCGGCCUCCCGGCCUUGCCCAGCGCUGACCUCUCUAUGUCUGAGGACACACGGCCUCCGUCUCAGUCCAGCUCCGGCUGUGGGGGCCCCCCCAGUGUGCCCCCUGUCUAUGCUGCCGCCCACGUCCUCCUGGGGGAGAAGCCGCCCCCUUAUGCACCCUGACCAGAGCCAGAGAUCGAGCAAAAUCUCCUUGGGGUUGUUAGAAAACAAAGCUGUGUCUGCAAGCCCUGCUUCCGUGGCUCAGCCUCCUGGACACGGCACAGCACCUUCCAGAGGCUGAGCCCCUUCCCUCCCGGGGCGAAUCACAGGGGCACAGAGCCCCGGGGGCCGUGGGCGGCACCUCCAGGUCAGCUGCACACCAAACUGCGGGUCCCCAUGCAGGGCCCCUCGCUCGCUGACAAAGCAGCUUCACGCCCUCCUGUCGUCCUCGCUAGUCAUUGCGUCAUUUUGCGAAGGGCAUGUGGCCCCGUGCCGCGAGAGGAGGGGCUCUUGGAGGGGACAUGCUGUGGCUGUGUCUAUUGGUCGUGUCCCCAGGGACACGUCUGCUCCAGCGACCGGACUCCUGGCUCACAUAUAAAUGCUGUUUCCAAAGCC